UUUACCCGCUAAAUGGCCAGGGCCAGCUGUUGCUGAUUUCGGCAAAAUUAGCUAUAAAAUUAAAAUCUUUAUAAAGAGAAAUAAUGACUUCAUUAGCUGAUCAGGCACUUAACCUGAUUAAGGAAGUUCAGCGAUGCCGAGAUUUCUUACAGCCCAUACGGGAGGAAAUAAUGAGGAACAUUUUUGAGGAGAUGCAUGUUUUGAAUGAAGAGAAUCAAAAAGACGUUCGCGUCAUUACCGCGUCAGAUUCUGAACGUCAGGAUAGUUCGGCUUCCGAUCUGCAUGUUGUUCUCUACGUCAGACAUCAGCUACUCCUUCGUCUCAGGAGAUGCGUUCUCGCUUAUCUGAACUGCCGUUUGCAGGUAAUCCGCGAACUUCGCUGGGCUUUCGGCCCUGUGCUUCCUCGGGACAUCAAAGCGAAUAUAACUGAUGGUGAACACAAGUGGUUCGUUGACUACUCUUCAGCCCUUGGCAGGUAUAUGGCAUCAAUUGGCGAAAUGGGCGUUGACCUUCUACAGCAUACGCGACCGCCGAAGUGUUUGUACAUCGAGGUACGGGUACUCGAGGACUAUGGUGAUUUCGAAACGGAAGACGGCCAAGUGGUUGUGCUCGCCAAAAACUCGACCCACUUUCUCGAACGAAUCCAUUGUGAAAAACUUAUUCGACAGGGAGUGUUGGAACAUGUCGUGGGAUAGAUUUAUAAAAAUCCUUUUUCGAAAAGCCCAGCCAGAUCAGGCGGGCCGACGGAAACAUAUCGGGAACAAUCUCCUAAAGCUCUUGUAUCGUAAAAAGAUCAUUGUAACUGGCGUUCUGUACACGUUUAAUUAAUGCCAUUCUAGCCAUUAUUCAUUCACGUAUUUGUUCUUUUUAGUGUGGUUGGCUAGUUCUGCGAUGUAAUUAGUCCGUGUUGAAAUAAGUUUAUCUUGAAAAUUGUAUCAAUUAGUUUCUCCCAUGUUCUAUAGCUUAGCAACAUUUUAAAAGACUAAUAUUCGUGUAUUGUGCAUAAAGUUUAGUCAAUAAAUAUCAAUAAACGGGUACGCAUAGACAUUGUCUGUAA